AUGCUCGAUUUUUAUUUUUUUGCCAAAGCAGUGGCAGCCCCGGAGUGGGGCAGGGCCGCCGCCGCUGCCUCGUCGGCGCGGCUCCCCGCGGGGACGUAUCGGGCGCGCCUCGACAAUCAGCGAGCACAAUGGCGCCGCCAGAUGAGCGCGUGCCACGCCGCCACAUCGACCGGCGCGGCGUCCACUGGCGUCGGGACGCCCGGCGUCGGGAUGCUACGCGGCCGACCUCCACAGAACCCAGAGGAGGGAUCAAGUAGCAACAGCACUGUAGAAGACACAGUAAACAACAUCCUGCCAGAGGAUGGCUGCGACACAAAGGACCCUGAGAAAAAGACCAAGAAGAACGUUAACCGCUGCGCAGUCUGUAACAGGAAGGUUGGUCUCACAGGUUUCUUGUGCCGGUGUGGAGGCCUGUUCUGUGCCGUCCACCGCUACAGCGACAAGCACCAGUGCACAUUCGACUACCGCGAGAUGGGCGCCGAAGAGAUACGCCGAAACAACCCCGUCGUCGUCGGAGAGAAGGUCAAGAAGAUCUGA